GGAAUGUUUAAUUUGAUCCUCUCACUACUUACUCAGGCACCGAAGAAUAAGCGGCAACGAAUUUGGAUCCAAUUCAGCAUUUUGCAUCUUUUCUGUUAUAUUCAGAGCAUAUUAUCACUUACUCACUUCCGUUCUUUUUCUUUUUAACCACUUUCUCUUCAUCUUCUUCACAAAUCACAACCACUCUUCUAUUCUAUUACAAUUUACAGAUUUCAGCUCACAGGAUCAAAUUGGGGAUUGAACAUCAUGGAUCGACUUCAAUCUUCUGCACGGCUUAUGAUUGUAUCGGAUCUCGAUCACACGAUGGUGGAUCAUCAUGAUGAGGAGAAUAGCUCCCUUCUCAGGUUCAAUGCUCUUUGGGAAGCGCAUUACCGCCAUGAUUCGCUGCUGGUGUUCUCAACCGGGAGAUCACCUACUCUCUACAAACAACUGAGGAAAGAGAAGCCGAUGAUAACUCCUGAUAUAACCAUAAUGUCUGUGGGGACCGAGAUUACUUAUGGAAAAUCAAUGGUUCCGGAUGAUGGAUGGGUUCAGGUUUUGAACCAGAAAUGGGACAAGGACAUAGUUAUUGAGGAAACAAGCAAGUUUCCUGAACUUACUCGUCAGGCAGAAACAGAGCAAAGGCCACAUAAAGUUAGCUUUUAUGUCAAGAAAGAUAAAGCUCAGCAAGUGACAGAGUCUCUUUCUAAGAUUUUGGAAGAGCGUGGGUUGGAUGUUAAGAUAAUAUACAGUGGAGGAGUUGAUUUGGAUAUAUUACCAAAAGGUGCUGGAAAAGGUCAAGCUCUUGCGUAUCUGCACAAAAAAUUUGUCACUGAAGGAAAGCUACCUGUUAAUACUCUUGUUUGUGGUGACUCUGGAAAUGAUGCCGAGCUAUUCAGCAUUCCAGGAGUUUAUGGUGUCAUGGUAAGCAAUGCCCAAGAAGAACUGUUACAGUGGUAUGCCGAAAAUGCAAAAGAUAACCCCAAGAUUCUUCAUGCCUCAGAGCGUUGUGCAUCAGGGAUUAUCCAAGCCAUUGGUCAUUUUAACUUAGGUCCAAACCAGUCCCCAAGAGAUUCUCCUGACGAUGAACAAGAACCUGAUUUUGAAAAUGUCUCUCCAAGUCAUGAAAUAGUGAACUUUGUUUUAUUAAGUGAAAAGUGGAGGCGGGCAGAAGUUGAGAACUCAGAGAUGUUUAUUGCUGCUUUAAAGGCCGUCACCCUCCCUUCUGGUUUUUAUAUCCACCCCUCUGGUACUGAGCAUAAUCUAAAGGAGUAUGUAAAUAUUUUGAGAAAGGUGCAUGGUAACAAACAGGGAACACAGUUCAGGAUUUGGGUGGACAGUGUAUUGGCUGAGCAGGUUGGUUCAGAUACAUGGCUAGUGAAGUUUGAUAAGUGGGAGUCAUCUGGUGAAGAGAGGCAAGGUUGUGUGGUCACUGCCAUACUGAGAAAGGAUUCCAACUGGUAUACCUGGAUGCAUGUGCACCAGACAUGGCUGGAACAAUCAGGGCAUGGUGAAUGGAUAAUUUAGCCAUAUUCUAUGGCUUUUCCAAGUUCCUCAGUGUCUUGUGACCCCUUUUGCAAUAAAUGUAAUGUAAUCCAUGACAAACUGAUUUCAGCAUUUGAAUUUUUUAAAGAACUUCCAUCAUGUGAAGGUGUCUUAUAUUUAUAGAUUUGAACUUCACUGUAAAUCUCCUUGUUGCAUAGCUUUCUGAAGAAUCAAAUUUUAACAUCUCAGACUGAUGGUGGAUCA